AUGCAUGGAACCACGAUGCCCCAUUCUGAUCUGAGUGUGCUGCUUUCGCCGUUUUUUGAGAUUUCUGCUACUGCCUAUGGCAGAGGGUGCAUAGCCACCUCGGAUAUACCGUCUGGAACCAUUUUACUCGAGUGCGCGGCUCCUUUGGGUGCAUGUGUGAUAAGACCGUUCCGCAAAGAAGUGUGUCAAAGAUGCUACGAAUACAACGGCGGAAAGACAUUGAAGUUUCGCAUAGAGAACAAGAAGGGCAGUAUCUAUUUUUGCUCCGAGACGUGUCGCGCUUCGUUUGAGGAAGAGGAUAAUGAGAGCAUUUUGCGAUCUUGUCUCUUUGAUUUGGAACACUGGUACCGAUCCAAUUCUUGUGAAGAUAACUACGACGACGAGAAAAAAAGUCUUGAGGAAGCGUGGAGCGAGAUAGAAGCAUGGGAACAAGAAAUUUUGAAAACAAAGAGAAAAUCACACAUGGUUCCCAAACUCACUGAAACAGAAUAUAGCGAUAUCAUCUACAUUCUUGAUGUGAUGUUCUCCCAGUACAAAGGUACGAAUGAGCUCGAGCUUUCGCUUUUUGUGAAAUUACAAACAAAUGAGCAAGACAAGGUUGCAAAAUACCCAUAUCUUUUGAAGUCUUACACUCGAAUGUACAAGUACCUCAAACUAACCUGUGGACCUCAGCUUCAGCCAUUUAUAACUAUUGACAAUAUCAGAAGAAUCAUAGGUACCAGUCUCACCAAUGCGUUUGGAAUAUGGUCCUCCACCGUUCCUGGCGAGGAUAAAGAGUACUUUGGGUGUGCAUUGUACCCAUCCGCAUCAUUUUUCAACCAUUCAUGUUCAGCCAAUGUUUCACGAACUCGUCACGGCCGCCUGAUUUCUUUCGUUACUUCGCAUCCAGUUUUACAAGGCGAGGAGCUAUGUAUUCAGUACGGGAACCACACUACGGAGGAUUACCAUACCCGACAAAAAGAUCUUAAAGAAUGGUUUUUUGAAUGUGGGUGCAAAAAGUGUGAAAUGAGAAUAUAG